AUGGACUGGUUUCACUGCAACCAGUGUUUUACAAGAUCUGCAUCAAAGUAUGCUGUUUCCAGCUGUGGUCACAUCUGUUGUGAAAAAUGCAUUACAUCAAAACAAUGUGGUGUUUGCAGAUCCAUGUGCAGUUUUCUACCUAUUACAGAUGAGAUGAAGCCACAGGAAAAAGUAUUUUUCAAGGACCCUGUAAAGCUCAUCCAAACUCGCCAAGAACACAUAUCACAGAUAGCAAGUUUUCAAAGAACACAAAUGGAGAGAGUAGCGAUACACUUCAAACGCAAAGCUGCAGAGCUAGAGAUACGUGUGAAGGAAGUCACUGAGCAUUGCUGCAGACAACUGACUGACCUCAAAAGAGAAAAUGCUGUCCUGAAAAAGCAACUUUCUGAAUUGCAAAGGGAAACAGCAGAACUCAAAAAGCCACUUUCACAGAGAAGGGUCUCCCCUGGACAGUUUCACACAGAUGGGAAGCCAUGUUUGACCAUUUUUAUUUUUAUUUUUAGCAAUCAAAGGGUGUCACUUCCUGUGGCUGUCACAUCUCCAGUGACUCCUCGGUUAAGAACAAUGAGUCAAAUAAGUUCAGAGUCACAGGGAUGGGCCAGAGAAAGAGGUGUAGGAAUUACGACUCCUGGAUCGGCAACCCCCAUUUCCAGCCAUAGCUCUCUUCAGGACCAUGGACACAGAACUCCAACAUCUUUCAGUACCCCUAUAAGAACUCAGACGCCUCAGGUUUUUCAGUUCCAGUUUUUAAGUGGAUUAUCAGUACAGUCACCUAGACACUGAUAACAUUAUUACAAAUCUGACAUAAUUUAUUG